ACAAACUCAUCACACUACACACAAACUCAAACUCAAACAAACACAAACACAAAACACAAAAGUAUUUUCUAAAGACAAGAAGAUGGCACCUGAGAUCAAUACCAAACUUACCAGACCGGUCCUCUCAGCCACCGCUUACGACGGAGAAAAGAGAGCUUACGUGACCUUCCUCGCCGGAACUGGAGACUAUGUGAAAGGAGUGGUGGGUCUUGCUAAGGGGUUAAGGAAAACUAAGAGCAAGUAUCCACUUGUGGUGGCGGUUUUGCCGGAUGUACCGGAGGAUCACCGGAAACAGCUGGUGGAUCAAGGCUGUGUUGUUAAGGAGAUAGAGCCGGUUUAUCCACCGGAGAAUCAAACUGAGUUUGCUAUGGCUUACUACGUUAUCAACUACUCUAAGCUUCGUAUUUGGGAGUUUGUGGAGUACUCCAAGAUGAUAUACUUGGACGGUGACAUACAAGUGUUCGACAACAUAGAUCACUUGUUUGAUCUUCCAAACGGCCAAUUCUACGCAGUCAUGGACUGUUUCUGCGAGAAGACAUGGAGCCACUCGCCACAGUACAAGAUCGGUUAUUGUCAACAGUGUCCGGACAAGGUGACAUGGCCAGAGGCCGAGCUUGGUCCUAAGCCGCCUUUGUACUUCAACGCCGGUAUGUUCGUUUACGAGCCUAGCCUCUCCACUUAUCAUAGCCUCUUGGAGACUGUCAAAGUUGUGCCUCCCACUCUUUUUGCUGAACAGGAUUUUUUGAAUAUGUACUUCAAGGACAUAUACAAGCCAAUACCACCAGUGUAUAACUUGGUCAUGGCAAUGCUUUGGAGGCAUCCAGAGAAUAUAGAGCUUGACCAAGUCAAAGUUGUUCACUACUGUGCUGCUGGUGCUAAGCCUUGGAGAUUCACUGGAGAAGAAGAGAACAUGGAUAGAGAAGACAUUAAGAUGCUGGUCAAGAAAUGGUGGGACAUUUACAAUGACGAGUCUCUUGAUUACAAGAACGUUGUUAUUGGAGAUAGCCACAAGAAGCAACAGACACUUCAGCAGUUUAUCGAAGCUUUGUCCGAAGCCGGUGUGCUUCAGUACGUCAAAGCUCCAUCUGCAGCUUAGACACAAUAUAAUCAUCAAGCUUUA